AGAGAAAGCAUCACUUCAAUCAACAUAUCAGUCCCAUCAAACAGGAGCAAUGAAUGACUCUUUGAACGACAGCCAAUAUGUCAUUGACUAUGACGAUGAAGUUUGUGAAAAAGGGGAGCUGGUCAAAUUCGGAUCCAUUGCCGUUCCUGUUUUCUUCUCUGUUGUGAUCAUACUGAGCCUCACAGGAAACAUUCUUGUCCUUGUAAUCCUGGGUCUGUACGAAAAUCUUAAGUCUCUCACCAACAUUUUCAUCCUCAACCUGGCCAUCUCUGACCUCGUCUUCACCACGGGUCUCCCCUUCUGGGCAAUUUACCACAUCUGGGGAUGGUUGUUUUCAGAGAUUCUCUGCAAAAUUGUGACUUUUGUCUUCUUCACCGGGUUUUACAGUAGCAUCCUCUUCCUGACCAUCAUGACCAUCUACAGGUAUCUAGCCGUGGUCCACCCUCUCUCUGAUCUGAGCACACAAAAACUCAGCAGCUGCGUUUUUCUGUCGUUCCUAAUGUGGAUAAUCAGCAUUGGAGCAGCCCUGCCCUCCCUGCUCUACAGCUCUAUCGUCUUGAUCCCGCACAUUGACGGACACUCCCUUGGCUGUGAAUACAAAGCCACUCUGUGGAAAAGCAUUGCUAUCUCCCAACAGAAUAUUUUCUUCUUGGUUGCUUUUGUGGUGAUGGGUUACUGCUACAUCCGAAUACUGGGAAGAAUCACAAGAACAAGAUCCCACACAAAGAACAGAGCCGUUAAGUUAGUCUUCUGUAUCGUGGCUGUGUUCUUCAUCGGCUGGGUGCCAUACAAUGUGGUCAUCUUUCUGAGGACGUUGGCUGAAAAUUUGGUUGAACCAUUCGAUGACUGUAAAGCAAGCAUCCAGCUUGAUUAUGUGUUCUAUGUGUGCAGGCUCAUUGCUUUCUCCCACUGCUGCCUGAACCCUGUCUUUUAUGCAUUUGUUGGUGUGAAGUUUAGGAAUCAUUUGAAGUCACUGCUGCAUCGGAUCUUCAGUCGGCAAAGUCCAGUUGUGGAACAGCAGGUUAGAAUGCAAAACCUCAUCUCACACGGAUCAAUGUACUAGUUGCUGUUUGAGUGUAUCAUUUCCUUUGAUUUACUUGUGACUCACUGGAUUUGGUCAAAUCCACUUGGCUCGUGUGCCGCAGUCUGUAGCACACUCAAAAUUCAAAUCUGCCUUUUCCUGUUUAUAGCUGCAUCGGUGUGUCUGUGUUAAGCCUUUGUCAUAACAUGUACCUUGUACGGGAUGCGACUUCAGUUGUUACAUAAGGUUAUUUACUGGUAGCUGCAAAAGAAGUUGUGUUUUUCAUGGGCAUGUAAAAAAGAUGAAUGUAGUGAAAGUAGAGCUAAAC